CGACAUCCAACGUUGUCAGAUAUAUUCUUACACCAAUGGAUAUACUCGCUGAUGCUGCUGCGGCCAAGCAGAUGCAGACCCAGGACUCCAUCGUGCAGGAGCUUGCACUGGGAAAUACAGGCGACGAUGAUCCUGAUGGGAAGCAAAUCUUCGGAGGCAACGAUCCAAACUCGCCUCUGAAUCCACACAGCGAAAAGUUCAACGCAAGGGCUUGGGGCGUGAAUUUUACCAGGAUUGCCCACAAGCACGGCAAGAAAUUUCGCCAGGUUGGCUUGUGUUUUCAGAGUCUGAACGUGUUUGGCUACGGUACUCCCACAGACUUUCAGAAGGACGUGGGUACUGUGUGGUUAGCUUUGCCAGGCAUGGUUCGACGAUUCUUUUCCAGCACCUCCGGUCAGACUCGAAUCAACAUUCUGCACCAGUUCGAUGGGCUCCUCCGCCCUGGUGAGAUGCUCUGUGUUCUUGGACCACCAAGCUCUGGCUGUUCAACGUUUCUGAAGACAAUCUCUGGAGAAACGGACGGCAUCUUCGUCGAUGAGAAUUCGUACUUCAACUACCAGGGCAUAUCGACCAAGGAAAUGCAUACUGCACAUCGAGGCGAUGCUAUCUACACUGCUGAAAACGAUGUCCAUUUUCCUCAGUUGACAGUCAGGGAGACAUUAACUUUUUCUGCGCGUGCAAGAUGUCAAGCAGAGCUGCCACAGGGUAUUAGUCGCGAGCAGUACUGCGAACACCUUCGAGAUGUUGUCAUGGCCAUGUAUGGUAUUAGCCAUACCAUCAAUUCCAAGGUUGGCGACCAAUACACAAGAGGUGUCUCAGGAGGAGAGCGCAAGCGUGUUACGAUCGCCGAAGCAACACUGGCGAAUGCACCGUUUCAGUGUUGGGACAACUCGACCCGUGGCCUGGACUCGGCCAACGCCAUUGAAUUCUGCAAGACUUUGAGACUCCAAUCUGAGAUCUUUGGCCAGACGUGCGCUGUAUCCAUGUACCAAGCACCACAAAGUGCGUACGAUCUUUUCGACAAAGCCAUGAUCAUCUACGAGGGACACCAGAUCUACUUUGGUCCUGCAUCUAAGGCUAAAGACUACUUCAUCAAUCUUGGAUUCAUAUGUCCCACACGUCAAACUACGCCUGACUUCCUUACGUCCAUGACUUUCCCAGCUGAACGUAUCCAUGACCCAGAAACCAACCCCCCCAGAACUUCGGACGAAUUUGCGAUUGCCUGGAAGACCAGCCCUGAAUACCGCGCACUACAGACAGAAAUCGACACAUACAAAAUGCAGCACCCUAUUGGAGGCCCAGACGCCGUGACGUUUCGAAAACUCAAGAAGGCUUUCCAGGCAAAGGGACAACGUGUUAGCUCGCCGUACACCCUUACCUACGCCCAGCAAGUCCGGCUUUGUACUUGGCGCGGAUUUCGAAGACUAAAAGCGGACCCUUGGCAGACUGUCGGCAUGAUGAUUGGCAACACGAUGUUGGCUCUAAUUCUAUCAUCUUUGUUCUACAACUUGGGCACGACUACGAGCUCAUUCUACGGCCGAUCUGUUAUCCUCUUCAUAGCUAUCUUGUUCAACGCUUUCGCUUCUAUUAUCGAAAUACUGACUCUGUAUGCCCAAAGACCUAUUGUGGAGAAGCAUGCACGCUAUGCUUUUCACCAUCCGUCAGCUGAAAGUUACGCCUCUGUUUUGGUUGAUCUACCUUCGAAGAUCCUCAACAUCGUCUCAUUCAAUCUCGUCUUCUACUUCAUGUCUAAUCUUAACCGUGAGCCCGGUAACUUCUUUUUUUACCUUCUUGUGGUAUUCCUCCUCGUCAUGGCUAUGUCUGGUAUCUUCAGAUUCAUUGCCUCCUUUUCACGGACAGAGCAGCAAGCCAUGAUUCCAGCUUCUAUCAUGAUGCUUGCUCUGCUUAUCUUUACAGGAUUCAUCAUCCCAGUCGAUUACAUGCUUGGCUGGUGCCGUUGGAUCAACUUUCUCAGCCCAGUUGGAUACGGAUAUGAAGCACUCAUGGUCAACGAGUUUCAUGGCCGUGAAUUUCAUUGUUCCGGCUACAUACCUGACUACGCAACUGUCAAUAUGGAUAAUAUAGCUUGUAACGCUGUCGGGGCACUUGCCGGACAGUCUUUCGUCAACGGAGACCAUUACAUAAACUCUGCAUAUAGCUACUAUCAUAGCCAUAAAUGGCGCAACGUCGCGAUCAUCCUUGCCAUGGCAAUCAUCAAUCAUCUCGCCUACUUCAUCUCCAGCGAGUACGUUACAGCAAAGAAGUCUAAGGGCGAGGUCCUCGUGUUCCGGCGAGGCUUCCUUCCAGACUCCGCCAAGCCUGGCUCUGACGUCGAGAAAGCGCUCUCCAUUCCUGUUGCAGUCGCAGAGAAGUCCAAGUCUUCCUUCUCGAUCAAUGAGAGAUCCUUCCAGAAUUUCAAAAGUGUCUUCCAUUGGCGCAAUGUUUGUUACGACAUCAAGAUCAAAGGCAAAUCUAGGCGCAUCUUGGAUCACGUUGACGGUUGGGUCAAACCAGGUACCCUCACCGCCUUGAUGGGUGUCUCCGGAGCUGGUAAAACGACUCUUCUUGAUUGUUUGGCUAAUCGUCGGACGGGGGUGGGCAUCAUUACUGGAGAGAUGUUAGUCAAUGGGAUGGUUCGUGACGAGAGUUUUCAGCGCAAGACUGGCUAUGCCAUGCAGCAAGAUAUUCAUCUUGAGACUAGCACCGUUCGAGAGGCUUUGAGAUUCUCAGCUCUCCUUCGUCAAUCGUCUAGUAUUCCCAAGAAAGAGAAGUUGGCUUACGUAGAUGAAAUUAUUCAACUACUGGGCAUGGAAGACUACGGCGAUGCAGUUAUUGGUGUCUUGGGUGAAGGGUUGAACGUGGAACAGCGCAAACGAUUGACUAUUGGUGUUGAAUUGGUUGCAAAGCCACCUCUCCUGCUCUUCGCCGAUGAGCCUACUUCUGGUCUUGACUCUCAAACAAGCUGGGCUAUACUAGACCUGUUACAAAAGCUAUCCAAAGCCGGCCAGUCUAUCCUCUGCACCAUACAUCAGCCCUCUGCCAUGUUAUUCCAAAGAUUCGACCGCCUUCUUCUGCUUGCCGAAGGAGGCCGUACAGUUUACUUCGGCGAUAUCGGCACAAACUCCCAUAUUCUCACAAACUACUUCGAGCGAAAUGGAGCGCCACCAUGUCCAAUCAGCGCCAACCCGGCGGAGUGGAUGCUCGAGGCAAUUGGUGCUGCCCCUGGUUGUUGCUCCGACAAUGACUGGCACGAAAUAUGGCGAUCAAGCCCUGAGUACCAGAUCGUUCAGCAUGAGUUAGCGAAUCUCGAGAACCCAAGCACACAUAGGCCAUUCGAUCAGAUACACGACCGUAAUUCGUAUGACGAGUUUGCAGCACCACUUUGGCAACAGUUCCUGCUUGUUACACAACGUGUAUUUCAGCAGUCUUGGCGCAACCCUUCUUACAUCUACUCCAAGCUCAUCCUUUGCAUCUCGAGCAGCUUGUUCAUCGGUCUGGUCUUUCUCAAUGCUCCUCUGACCAUCCAGGGCCUCCAAAAUCAGAUGUUUUCUAUCUUCGAAAUUAGCAGUAUCUUCGGCCAAUUAGUCGACCAGCAGAUGCCACACUUCGUUACCCAACGCUCAUUAUACGAAGUCCGAGAACGGCCAUCCAAAACCUAUUCAUGGAAGAUUUUUAUGCUCAGCGAGAUUAUUUCAGAAAUUCCUUGGAACACUCUUGCCUCGGUCUUCAUGUGGGCGCUGUUUUACUAUCCCGUCGGAUUCUACAAGAACGCCGAGGAUGCAGGACAAGCUAUAGAACGAGGAGGUUUGAUGUGGCUCCUAUUCUGGCAGUUCCUCUUGUUCAUGUCUACAUUUGCACACAUGUGCAUUUCCUUCGCUGAUACGGCUGAUGAAGGUGGCAACGUUGCCAACUUUCUGUUCGUCCUCAUCUUCUUCUUCUGUGGUGUCUUGGCGACGCCUGAUUCCAUGCCUCGAUUCUGGAUCUUUCUGUACCGAGCUUCGCCACUGUCGUAUUGGGUCUCUGCUGUGCUCUCAACAGGUAUAGCUAACGUUGAGGUGACGUGCGCAAGCAACGAAUAUACCAUCGUCAAUCCACCAAACGGUCAGACAUGCGGCGACUAUAUGGCAGAUUACAUUUCCAGGGCUGGUGGUUAUCUCCUGAACCCUGAGGCAAUGAUUGACUGUAGCUAUUGCAAGAUCAAGGAAACGAAUCAGUUCUUGUCGGCUAUCGGCUCUGAUUAUGGAGAUAGGUGGCGAAAUUUUGGUAUCAUGUGGGCUUUUAUUUUGUUCAAUAUCGUGGCGGCAUUGUCUUUGUACUGGCUAGUGAGGGUGCCCAAGGGAAAGAAGAAAAAGCUUUGAGGUAGGGACUGAGGACUUGGGAUAGCGAUGACCUUGAGAACUUUUUCGUUACGUACCUGUAAUUCUAUCAUUGUCUCCUGAAUCUCCACUCUUGGCGAAAUUUAAAUUUAAGACUGAACUAUUUAUAGCCUGCGAAAGUCCCUUGGAAGAGUUGGAAAGCUAGAGUCUUAGCUUUGUCCACGGAAAC